AUGAUACGAAAACGUGUAUUGGAGGAAGUUGAAGGUGGUAGAUUAUAUGAGCGUCAACUAUUAGCAGCUUUUAAAAAAGUAUUAAACAUCACAAUUUUUAGAAAAGAAUUUGAUGCGUUAUUUAAAAAAAUCGAUUCUUCAAGAGAUGAUAGUAUAACAUGGGAUGAAUUUUUAUCUCAUCUCUUGUUAGAAUUUCGAUUAAAAGGAACAGCUGCUCUAAAGUCGCAACCUCUAGAAUUACCAAUAGUUGAUCCACCAAAAUUAAUACAAAGUCGACAUCCUUAUGCGAUUUGUAAAAUAAUUUUAUACACAGAUAUUUCGAUUCAAAACGAAUUGUUAAAAAUGAGUUCGUGUAACUAUCUAACUGCAAGCAAAGAUGGUACUAUUAAUUAUUGGUCAACGGAUUUUGUUCAUCAACGACAAAUCAAGGCUAUUAAUCCUUCGUUAAAAGUAUCCCGUACAAUGAUAAUAGACAUGAUUGCAAUGCCUGACGUAAGAAUGAUUUGUGUAGCUUCAUCAGAACGAGAACUUCGAUUCUAUGAUACAAGAAUUAAUAAAUUUGAAUUAAGAAUGCGAAUACACAGUUUUCGAGUUGCAGUAGUGUGCAUGAGUUAUUAUUUCAGUGAAAAUUCAUCAGAUAAAUCUUGCAUAAUAAUGGGAGAUACUAGUGGUUCUAUUAAUGUAAUAAGAUUUAAUCGAAUGGAUAAUAAUCCUUUCAAACAACGGCCUGACUGUGACGUUUUUGAGAUUCAUUACGAGAGUGCUCUUAAAAAAACUAUAAAUGGCUUAAAAAUCACAGCAUUCAAUUAUAUUCAUAGUAACUGGGUAUCUCAAGUAAAUUAUUACAAAAGUUAUCAAGCUUUUAUUUCAUGCUCGAAAUGUUUUAAAACUUCUCUAUUUUUCUGCGACAUCACGGGAAGUAAAAUGAAGUAUAAUUUCAAUGUUCCUCUAGGAAUAUCAUGUUUCGCUUUUCAUGAAGGAAAGGAACUAUUAUUAACUGGUGGUCCGGACAGUUUAAUACGCGCUUGGAAUCCUUUUGUAGCAGAUAGAGCCAGUGCUAUAUUUCAAGGACACCAAUCACCUAUAUGCGCGAUUAUAAUACACAAUAACGCAGACAAAGCUUACACAUUGUCAAAAGACAAAUGUAUUAAAAUUUGGGACAUUGAAACUCAAAUUUGUAUUCAAGCAUACAACCAAUUACCCAGUGAACUUAGUGAAUAUACAUCAUUGUCGUCUGUUUAUAAUUCUGUUACACAUGAAUUAAUUAUAGCGAGUAUGAUGAUCGCUGUGGUAGUUUGUGAAAAAACAAUCGAUAAAGAUAAAUCUGAUGGUGAAAGUCACACUAAAAAAAUUACUUGUGUUAUUUAUAAUCCAUUAUUUGAAGUGGUAAUUACUACUGGGUCAGAUUCUCAUAUAAUCAUGUGGGAUCCUUGGCGAGGACGUUGUAUAUACGUAAUUAGAGAUGCUCAUACUGAAAUGUACCUAGGAAAACUCAGAGCGAUUCCAAUCAGUGCGGCAACUUUCGAUCCUUGUAAUCAAUUAUUAGCUACCGGUGCAAAAGAUGGUUCUAUAAAAGUUUGGAGCUAUAGUUCCGGUACUUGUUUAAAAACUAUGAUGAUUAAUCAGAAAUGUAAAAUUACAGCGAUAAUUUGGCUUAAGAAUCGAAUUCUUUGCACUGGUCAAAAUGUCAAAUACAUAACAGAGUUUGCCGACACUGAAACAGGAAUUUAUCGAAAAAUUUGGAAACAACAACAUACUGAUGGCAUUACUUGUGUUGUUGUAAAAGUUCCUAAAACUCUUGUUACUGUUUCUGCAAAUGGUGAGCUUGUUUUGUGGUACUUAGAGUCUGGUCAACCGUAUAAAAUGCAUCAAAUUAUUAAUCCAAUCACAAGGUUAAUAUUUUAUAUUAAGAUACUAUUAAUUAAUUAUAGACGACAAAUACCUAAGAAAUAUAAUCAAUAUGAAUUACUGGAUUUAAAAAAAGACAAUUUCAAUACAAAACAACAAUUUACGAAAGCAACAGCGCUUGCUAUUUUAUUUCUUACGUCAAGGCCAAUGAUACCUAAUGUUGCAAGUUUGUUAGUAUCUAUGAAUUCUGGACAGAUUCAAGGAUGGAGUUAUCAUCCGGAUGGUGGAUUACUUGGAACUUUUUCAGCGAUUCAUAAUGAUAAAGAUUGGUGUUUGAGUUUGUCUACUGAUCCAGAGAACAAUUUUUUAAUAACAGGACAUUGUCUAGGAUAUAUUAAAGUAUGGUUAUUGACAAAUUAUUUAAAUAAAUCUUCCUCCAAAGUCAAUAUCGCUAAAUUAAAGUUAGAGUUUUGUUUUCUAUGGAAAGAUAAUAUCUUAGGUCGAGCAAAAAGAGCAGUUCGUAAUCAAAAACUUCCCAUGCUCUUAUCUUCUUUUCGAGGACAUACGAUGUCUGUAAAUUCUAUUCAAUUUAUACCAAAUGCGAGGCUUAUUAUCAGUGGAAGUGUGGAUCGUACAGUUAGAUUGUGGACUUUAGGCGGACAAUAUAUCUCUACUUUUGGAACCUUCAAGUCAUGGAAAACAAUUUUACCGAAUAUUCCAGCAGCUACAUACUAUGAGGAUUACGAUAUUCCACCGGACAUUCAAAAAAUCGGUUCUUCCACGACUAUGAAAGUUCUUAAAGGUGGAACUGUUGAAGGGAAAUUAAAAAAAAUGGGAGAAGCUAAGCAAUUCAGUGAAUUAUCCGAUGAUGAAAAAAAAUUACUCUACGGUAAAAGAUUAGAUGAAUCAGUUUUGAAGUGUGAUACCUACUUAUAUUGAUACUCAAGGAACGAACAAAAAUCUAAAACUCAAUGUUUAUUUGUCACAUCUAAGUUUUUUUGCACAUUUCAUGAAUCAUUCAUGAUUAAAUUUUUUUAUAUUCCAACUACAGACCCCAGUUUAUACUAAUUUAAGAACUCG